AUGGUGAGUGUUAGCAGUUGUCCUGGCUGUGCUCUUACUCUCUGUGUUUUGUUUCUCACACAGAUCAGUAAGCUGGGGGCUGAGGCCGACAGGACUCACCAGCUGUUUGUCAAGGCUCUGGGCAGCAGGAGCUGCCUGGAUAGUGUGGUCCAGCUCAUGGGCUGCCACCCCCAAUACCUGGAGUCCUUCCUCAAAACCCAACACUACUUACUGCACAUGGAUGGACCCCUCCCCUUCCACUACCGACACUACAUCGCCAUCAUGGCUGCAGCCCGGCACCAGUCCUCCUACCUGGUUGAGGUCCAUGUGGAGCAGUUCCUGCAGGUGGGAGGUGACCCCCUGUGGCUGCAGGGCCUCCAUCACAUCCCCCAGAGGCUGAGGAACCUCAACGAGAUCAACAAGAUCCUGGCGCACAGGCCCUGGCUCAUCACCAAACAGCACAUCGAGAACCUGCUGAAGAUCGGUGAGCACUGCUGGUCUCUGGCUGAGCUGGUGCAUGGAGUUGUGUUGCUGACUCACUACCACUCGCUGGCGAGUUUUGUGUUUGGCUGCGGGAUUAGCGCCGAAGGAGGAGCCGAGGCCGCUCACAUCCUGAGACCCUCGUCCAUCAACAACCAGUGCUCCACCGACCCCACACACGGCAACGCUCAAGACCUCCCACCACCACACCGCAGGAGGCGGUCGGUUGAUUAUUCCAGCGACUCGGAAUGCCUGGGGGACAAGAUGCAGAAAUUCCAGGCGGGGAAAGAGAACGAGGAAGAGAUGCUGCACGAGGAAACGUGGAUCGGACUGGAACCAGAAAAGGACAUGAGCCCCCCCUCAGUGACCAGAGCUCCAGAAGAAAAAGCCGUCACUAUUCCUGAUCUCUCCUGUUAUGUUGAUGACCCAGAGUUUGGAUACCCGGAGUUUGCUCGCAGGGGUGGAGAUCAACUGCCUGUUUUCCGAGCUCAGGACUACUCGUGGGAGGACCACGGCUUCUCGCUGGUUAACCGGCUGUACUCGGACAUCGGGCACCUGCUGGACGAGAAGUUCCGCACAGUGUACAGCCUAAAGAACGGCACAAUGGCCAAGCAGCGCGGCUGCGACUCGUCCGGGUUCAAGAGGGGCAUCUGGAACUACAUCCACUGCAUGUUCGGCAUCAGGUACGAUGAUUAUGAUUACGGGGAAGUGAACCAGUUCCUGGAGCGGAAUCUGAAGGUUUAUCUGAAGACCAUCACCUGUUCCCCCGAGAAAGUGAAGCCUCAGAUGUUCGAGAGAUACUGGAAACAGUUUAAAUAUUCGGAAAAGGUCCGCGUGAAUCUAUUGAUCCUGGAAGCUCGGAUGCAGGCAGAACUUCUCUAUUCUUUGCAUGCAAUAACCCACUACAUGAUCUCCUAGGAGGAUCUCGCCUGCAAAGGGCGCAUUUUUUUAUAUAUAAAAGAGAAAAAAAAAGACUGGAUUUAGGUUAAAAGACUUGAACGGCUAUUGGGACAGAGGUGUUGUGGGCAGCUGGUAUCAGCCACAGUCUUCUGUGGCAGUUAAUGUGCAAUUAUCGACAAUGACGCAAUCAAGCAUUGUGACUGUACUGGAAGUUGAUGUUAAACUAGAGUGUUUGAUGACCUCAACACCAAGUAUUCACUUUGAAGACCUUCCAUCUCGUUACAAUCUGCAGAAGUCACACAAGGCGAUAGCAUCAGUCAAUUGUGUCACUACCAUCAGCAUAUAGGAUAUUUUUAAAUCUUGAUGUUGGGACAGAGGAGCCUGUUUUUUUUUGGAAAAAGAAAGACUUAUUUUUGCUAUGAAUAGUAACAAGAUAAUAUGUUUGACACGUGUCGGGUCUGUUUCAUAUUGGAAUGGCGUUUCCAGAUCCUUGCCAUAUUACUUUUGGUUUUUAAGAUUUAUCCAAAGCCUCUUUGUGUGUGUUUGCCUGCGUAUGUGUGUGUGUGUGCGUGCGUGAGGGGUUGUGAGACAGAGCGUGUAUGUGUAUGGGUGUUGGUGCGUGGGGGAGGUUUAUCAUGCCAAUGAGCUGUGAAUUUAGUGGAUGUCCGGUCACUGAAGAGGAAGGUGAGAGAGAGGAAGAGGAGCAAUUCUCGAGCCUGUCUUUCGCCCCAGCCCUGUUAAGCUGUUUAACUGCUUGUGAAAGGCUCACAGUGUUGUGGUAACCCCUGAGUAUUGGUGACUUUACUGCUCAGCCCUGCUGAACUGUCAACCAUUGGGCUAAUGAAUGUCAAUUCACAUUAAAACUGUUUUUUUUAAAAAAAAAUUACAGUCUGCGCAGGUCAACAUUACCAACUCAACCCAUUGAUCAGCCCAGCGGACUUUAACCCUUCGACUCUCUUGAAGCUUCCCAGCCCCUCGCCUGUCCACGUGGAGUGAGUAGUUGACAAGGCUGGAAUUGUUUGUUCCUUUCCUGGUUAGACCAGCUCAGCGUUGUAGGGACCAGGCUGUGGAGUUAAGGUAUAUGUUUGGAGACCAGGGCUUUUUUUUUGAGGGGGAGAAAUGGGGUUGGUUGAUCGAAAAUAGACUUGAUUGGAGUCAGAUCACUGGUUGAAACUUGUUUUUUUUCUGUUUUUAAAUUUUAUUUAACUUUUUUAUGAUAAAACGUUCUAUUCAGCAGCAGUGUUACGUCACAGAGAAAGGCUUAUCUUGGAAGAAACAAAAAAAAACUAAACCUGUGCACAAAGGGAAACCUCUACCUGGUGUCGGGUUGGCAGCUCUUGGCUCUCUCUCUCUUUCUGUAACGGACAUGUUCCUGAUCCAUGUGAGAUGUCCUCGCUGCUGUUGGUGGCAGAGCCAACCCACCAUUCCCCCUCCCCGCCAGCCUCCCCCUUUUGUUGCAAGGGAGCGAUAAAGGUGCAUACCUCGAGACCUUGAGGGAGCACUGGACAAAGUGUGGACCUACCGUUGGGACUAGACUCCAUGAACAAAGGUUGGCCAACAGAACACAAUACAUUUUCCUGAUUGAAUAUUUUUUGAUUUAUUCAAGAAAUAAAUCAGGAAAUAUUCAAUCAAGAAAAAAACUGAAAACACCCUACCGAUCAAACACAGACUUGUGCGAAUGUUUGGGGGCCACAUCCGGCCCGCGGGCCACAAGUUGGCCAAUACUGCUCUAAACCCAAGCCUGGGUUUUCCUGCUUGUUACCAUCCAUCCAUCACAUACCCAACCCCUCCUCCCCUCCCUCUUCAGUUUAGAGAGAAUAAAAGAGGAAAAAAAAAUGUUUUUGCUGGUCCAUCACUAGGUGAAAACCAGUUUAAAAGUACUAAAAAUGACUUCUUUUAGCGGUUAUAAAUGUGUGACUUUACAAAAAGCUUUUUUUUUAAAAAAAAAUAAGGUUAAUUGUAAACGGCCGCCAAUUUGGAACAAGUGGUCGGGUCAGGGAGCUGUGCUGCUCUCGGGGUUGUUGGGUCAGGGAUCUUCCAGUCUCGGUCUUGGACAACCUGUAUUCGUCGUGUGGUCAAAUUACUUUCACGCGAUGUGUUCUGAUGGUGCAAUACUUUAUAUGGCGAUGAGGAAUGGGAGUCAGGCAGAGUGGUGGACGGGAGGGAAAGGAACAAAGAGGCCUUUCACUCUCAGCUGUUGACUAACCCGUUCCAAAAUGGAGUCCCAUUCCGUCGUCAAUCUCGCUAACCGAACUGCGUGUUUACACAGGGUGGGGGGGGUGGGGGUUUGUGGUGAGGAGAGAAGCCCCUUUUCCUGUUCGUAAAAGAAAAGGAUUUUCUUACAAGAUCGAGAAUCGCCGUAAGAAAGGUUCGGAGCUUAUUGCAGCCUAUCCGUAGCCGCUGCUUCUGUCUUUGAUGUUCACUCGGGAGCUUCGAAGAUGUGGAGUAACGUUUUGAUUUGCACCCAAAUAAAAAGAUUAACAUCUUUUUUUUAAAACUGUGAAAAAACAAAACAAAAAAAAAAC